AUGUCGUUGAGUCCGAGCGAGAGUACCGAGGUCCGCCGGAACCGCUACAAGGUUGCGAUGGACCCGGAUGAGGGACGCCGGAGGAGAGAAGACAACAUGGUGGAGAUCCGCAAGAGCAAGAGAGAAGAAAGCUUGCAGAAGAAGCGACGAGAAUGCCUUCAGAACCAGCACCUUCCCACUGCUGUUCAUGCUUCUGCUGUUGAGAAGAAGUUGGAACAUCUACCAGCUAUGGUAGCUGGUGUUUGGACAGAUGAUGGUAAUCUACAGCUUGAGGCAACAACUCAGUUCCGGAAAUUGCUCUCAAUUGAACACAGCCCACCUAUUGAGGAGGUUAUACAAGCUGGUGUUGUUCCACGUUUUGUUGAGUUUCUUAUGAGGGAGGACUUUCCACAACUCCAGUUUGAAGCGGCUUGGGUGCUUAAAAACAUUGCUUCUGGGACAUCUGAGAACACGAGGGUGGUUAUUGAUCAUGGUGCUGUCCCAAUAUUUGUAAAACUUCUUGGUUCUCCUAGUGAUGAUGUUCGCGAGCAGGCUGUGUGGGCAUUGGGUAAUGUUGCUGGUGACUCUCCCAGAUGCUGUGAUCUUGUUCUUGGCCAUGGAGCUUUGCAGCCUCUUUUGGCACAAUUGAAUGAAAAUGCAAAGCUUUCCAUGCUCAGCAAGGCUACUUGGACGCUUUCAAUUUUUUGUCGAGGCAAGCCUCAGCUACCUUUUGAUCAGUUUAAGCCUGCACUUCCAGCUCUUGCACGUCUUAUUAAUUCGAAUGAUGAAGAAGUUUUUACUGCUGCAUGUUGGGCACUCUCAUAUCUUUCUGAUGGUACAAAUGAAAAAAUCCAAGCUGUUAUUGAAGCGGGUGUGUGCCCUCGUCUGGUUGAAUUUCUAAUGCAUCCUUCUCAUUCAGUGCUCAUGCCUGCUCUUCAAACUGUUGAUGAUAUAGCCACUGGGGAUGAUAUGCAAACUCAGGUAUGA